AUGUGGAAGUUGGAGACAAGUGGUAGAGUGGUUGAAGAGGAACUAUAUAAACUUAGCCGUGGUCUGGAAUUUGAACAUGGAGUCCACUCAUUUAUUGUGGAUGUGGAUGAUGAGUUAAUAAAACAGCAUUUUAGUGAAGCUGAACGUCUAGAAACGGAGAAUGAAUGUGUUCCAGAAAUACCACAGCUGUCAUAA